AUGACCUACAUACUUCUGCCCGUGCUGGGCUUGGUGGUUUUAUACUUACGCCAUGUCAACACCGCUAUGAAAAAAACACCAGAAGAAGCUCACAACCUUUCACCCAAACGCUGGACGGUCGAUGAAGUCAAAUCAGCUUAUAAAAAAGCCAGCGAGACUCCCGUUGACGUGUCAAAGAGUCUCCCACCAAAACAGACCCGCCGCUACAUCGUAGUGGGUGGAUCCGGCCUUGUCGGAGGCUGGAUCGUUCAGCACCUACUAUGCCGCGGCGAAGACCCAUCCACAAUCCGCAUUCUAGACCUCCUCACCCCAACAAAAGAGGUUCUGGAUCUGGGAGUCACCUAUAUCAAAACAAACAUCACCGACAAACUAAUCGUCGACACCGUAUUCGAGCAACCAUGGCCACAAUCCGUUUCUAAACUUCCUCUAACCGUCUUCCACACUGCCGCCAUUAUCCGUCCCCAGGAUCGUCUAGAAGCUUUCCUGCCGCUAUGCAGCAACGUCAAUGUUGAAGGUACCCGGAAUGUGCUGAACGCUGCAAAGGCAAAUGGCGUUAGCUGUUUUAUCUCCACAUCCUCCGGUUCGGUGGGUCUUCACCGACCAAAUUUUUGGAUCGCGCCGUGGGAUUCGUUGCCGAAGCGCGCGGUGCAGAUCAUCAGUGAUGAUGGAGCGUUACCGCAGCGGCAUGAUGAGUAUUUCGGGAACUACGCCGUGACCAAGAUUGAAGCGGAGAAGCUUGUCCGGGCAUCGGAUGAUCAAGCGUCGAAUUUCCGGACGGGGUGUAUUCGGCCUGCGAAUGGGAUUUAUGGCAUUGGAAGUGAUGUGGCGAUGACUAUUACAGGUGUUUACCUGCGUAGUGGUGGAAGUCCAACCUGGCUACAUCCUGUUAUCCAAAGCUUCGUCAAUGCGGAAAACGUCUCCAUCGCCCAUCUACUUUACGAGCAACGAAUUAUCGAGCAGGGAAAGCCCGGCUCAACAGUUCCUGAUAUCGGAGGCCAGGCUUUUGUGGUGACGGACCCCAACCCGGCGAUUUCCUUUGGCGAUCUAUAUACCCUUUUGGGUACGCUUGCUCAAACGCCUAUCGCUUUCCCAACUGUUCAGCCUAUUUAUCUGUUUCUUCUUGCGUAUGUCAUUGAGGCAUACUCGUUUGUUCAGUUCAAGUACUUGUCUUGGAUUUUGCCGAAGAUUACGGGUGAUUUGGCGCAAAUUCAGCCGUCGUUGUUUGCUAUUUCGGAUGUUUUUACGAUUGCGGAUGACUCGCGGGCGAGGAUGUCGCCUGAGGAGGGUGGGUUGGGGUAUAACCCACCACUGACGACGAUGGAGGGUAUGUGUAAGGAGGUGUUGCAUUGGAAUAAGAAUGCUUUUGCAGAUGGGGCUGCUGUUGAUGAGAAGGUAGGACCUUUGCGGGUGACGGAGACUGGGAUUGAUGUUAAUCUUGUUGCGCCGGCGAAGGUCUGA